UCCUUCAACUCUCAGUUCUCUGAUAAUUUCCCCUUUCUUCAUCUCUUUACACCAAAAAAACUCACCUUUUUCUUCUUCUUCUGCCAAGAACAUAUCAAGAACAGCCCUCUUUUGGCUUUAAAACAUGAUCAUUUUCGAUAUCAAUUGUGUUCUUCUCAUCAUGCCAUGCAAAACCCACUUGGUUUUUUUCCUUUUCUGAUCUUCCAUUUCGAGUCAGUUCUUGAUUUUUCAUGUUUUUUCUUAAAAAAAACCCUAAAUUGGAACUGGGUUCUCUUCAAAACCCUAAAAGAUUACAUUUGUAUCCUACCCAUAACAAUAAGUUUCAAUCUUUCAAGAGAUUUCUCUAUUACCUUACUGGGUUUUGUGGCUUUUUUUGAACUUUUAAUGGAUUUGUUCUCAAAAUCAUCAUCCAAUCCCAUACCCAUACCACCCACCACCACCACAACCACCAUCACCGCCGCCGCGUGUUCGCCGUCAUCAUCCUCUACCACCACACCAAGCCGGUAUGAGAAUCAAAAACGGCGAGAUUGGAACACGUUCUGUCAGUACCUUCGCAACCACCGACCGCCGUUGGCUCUACAAAUGUGCAGCGGCGCUCACGUGCUGGAAUUUCUCCGGUACUUGGACCAUUUUGGGAAGACCAAAGUUCACAACCAAACCUGCCCGUUCUUCGGCCUGCCCAACCCGCCAGCUCCCUGUCCCUGCCCGCUCCGACAGGCUUGGGGCAGCCUCGACGCCCUCAUCGGCCGCCUCCGUGCAGCUUUUGAAGAGAACGGCGGCCGGCCGGAAGCCAACCCAUUUGGAGCUAGAGCUGUUCGUCUCUAUUUAAGGGAAGUUCGUGAUUUUCAAACGAAAGCAAGAGGUGUUAGCUAUGAGAAGAAGAGAAAAAGGCCAAAGCAAAAGCAAAAGCAAGAGGGUGCAACUUGAACAAGAACACACAACAAAUAAGAACAUUAAAGUUUCAUAAUUACAUAAUAUGUAAGAGAAUUCUACUAUCUCUCUUCCUGUUUUCAAUUCGUAAUUGCAAACGUUCUAACGAAGAUUUGAUUCUUCAGUUGAACUAUGUUUAUAUUGGCUCUCUAUACCUAUUUCCAAUUCGUAAUUGGAAACGUUCUCACCAAGAUUCAAAUCUUGAAUAGUUGAGCUAUGUU